AUGGCCCUCUCGGUGGCACUAGAAUUCUUCUUUGUUUUCAUGGGGUCUGUCAAGUUGACCCCCAGGCUCAGCAAGGGUACCUACGGUGCAAUAAAACGUGCUUACAAGAGACAUGUCCUAGCAGACCCUCUGCUGAAGAAAAUGGGUAUCAAGUUCAUUCUCCUUUGGAAAAGCAUUGGUGCUCUUGAAGUGACCUGUGGCACUGUCAUGACCCUGGUACCUGGGCAUUCUAAAGAUGUGGCUAACUUCUUCCUGCUCUUGCUAGUGUUGGCUAUGCUUUUCUUCCACCGGCUGGUCAGUGAUCCCUUCAAAUGUUAUGCCCAUGCUCCGGUGUUUGGAAUCCUACUCACCUGCCACCUGUUGGUUGCCCACAAGCCUGAAGACCGAUCUUCUGAGAAGAAGGCCUUGCCUCAGAAUGCAGAGGAGUAA